UUCGGCAGAUCUUACCAGUCAUAGUUGGAGGCAAUAGAGUGGAAACUGUGUUGUCAGCUUUGAACUCAUCAUAUCUGUGGUCAAGUUGCAAAGUUAGGGAACUCACAAAGAAUAUGCGCCUUCUAGGCGGAGAUAAUAAUGAACUUGCAAUGUUUUUGAAUUGGAUAUUGGAUAUAGGAGAUGGGAAGAUUAAUGAGCCUAAUAAUGGUGAGAUAGAGAUUGAUAUUCCUGAAGAUCUAUUAGUAUCAGAAUGCGAAGAUCCCAUACGAGAGAUUGUGAAAGAGAUAUAUGGAAAUUCUUAUACAAGAGAGCGUAACCCCAAAUUUUAUCAAGAAAGGGCUAUAUUGAGUCCACGGAAUGAAGAUGUGGACAAGAUCAAUGAAUAUAUGCUAUCUCAAAUAAAAGGUAAAUCUUUUGUCUGAUGUUUAUUUUGUGUGUUUUAGAAGAAGUAUUUGGUUUCAUCUCAAAUCAUUAAUGUUGAUUAUUUUCUCUUGAAUAUUUGAAUAGGUGAGGAGCGUUCGUAUCUCAGUUCAGAUAGUAUAGAUACUUCUGAUACAAGUAAAAUAGAUGAUAUGGUGUACACUAAAGAAUAUCUAAACAGUAUUAAGAUCUCUGGAUUACCAAAUCAUGAUCUAAAGUUGAAAAUCGGUGCACCUAUUAUGCUGCUUAGGAAUAUUGACCCUAAAGGUGGACUAUGCAAUGGUACAAGGUUACUUGUAACACAAUUAGCAAAUCACGUCAUUCAAGCCAAGUUUAUAACAGGUGACAAAGUUGGCCAAAAAGUUUUGCUCCCAAGAAUGUUUGUUUCUCCACCAGAAACCAGAUUUCCGUUUAGGAUGAGACGGAGACAAUUCCCUGUUGCUCUUGCUUUUGCAAUGACUAUUAAUAAAAGUCAAGGUCAGACGUUACAAAAAGUUGGAUUAUAUUUGCCGAAGCCUGUGUUUUCCCAUGGGCAAUUGUAUGUUGCUGUAUCCAGAGUAACGUCGAGGACAGGAUUGAAGAUCUUGAUAACUGAUGAGAAAGGAAAUCCCCAAAAAAGCACAAUGAAUGUAGUAUACAAAGAAGUUUUCCAAAACAUUUACACUACAUAGGUGUUUCAAUGUGGUUGCCAAGUAAGUUUUUUUAUUAUCUUUAAUAUAUACAUAUGCUAACAGUUACUUAUGAUAUUUAUUUAAUACUGAUGCUGACCAUCUCUUCCUGCUUCGCCCACCUCUACCUGACAUGCUUGGUGUAUCAUCUCCAUCACCAUCCUCUCGGCUGACGCUUUCUUGUGCGUGUUAUCUUUCCACUUCUUGUAUAUUGCACCUACUUUGUUUCCCCUCACCUUGGCUCCACUCUCUGUCU